CUUUGGGAAACUUCCUUUUUUUUCUUUUGUGUUCUUCACAUAAUCAUCUGAUCGAAAGGGAACCAAUUGGGGAACAAGAGAAUUUGCUGAUUUUGCAGUGAAGAAAUGUUGGGUUCUUCUUCUUCUUCUUCUUCAGAGGGAGGAGGAGGAGGAGGAGGAGGAGGAAGGAAUAACAGCCUGGACUACUCGUUUAAGAUACUGUUGAUUGGUGAUUCUGGGGUUGGGAAGAGCACCAUACUCCUCAGUUUCAUCUCCAACACUGUUCAUAAUCUCUCUCCCACUAUUGGUGUGGAUUUCAAAAUUAAGCAACUCACAAUUGGUGGGAAGAGAUUGAAGCUUACAAUUUGGGACACAGCUGGUCAGGAAAGGUUUGGAACAUUAACGAGUUCUUAUUAUAGAGGUGCACAUGGAAUUAUCCUUGUUUAUGAUGUAACAAGACGAGAAACCUUUAUGAACUUAUCAGAGGUAUGGGCAAAGGAGGUAGAGCUUUACUCUACUAAUCAAGAGUGUAUCAAGUUUCUAGUUGGAAAUAAAGUUGACAGGGAAAGUGAAAGGGUUGUUUCUAGAGAAGAAGGGAUGGCACUUGCGCAGAAACAUAAAUGUUGUUUCCUUGAAUGUAGUGCUAAAACUAGAGAAAAUGUCCAGCAAUGCUUUACAGAUCUCACAUUAAAGAUCCUUGAGGUGCCUAGUUUACUGGAGAAAGGAUCUAUCGCAGUGAAGAAACAGAAUUUGAAGCAGAAACAAGUAUACCAGACACAAGGCGGCGAGGGUUGCUGCAACCAAUGAUGUUACUAUACACGUUACUCUCUUUAUCCAACACAAAAGUUCUCAAACCAGAAUAUGCUAGGUCCUGCUCAGACCAUGGGAAGAGACAACCUUGCUGAUUACAUGCUCUGCAUGUAAACUCCGUUAGAGGCUUAGAGCCGCUGUUGUGCUUCUUAAUUUUGGAAAUAUGAGGAAGGGAUAGGAUUCUCUUUCAGUUCAUCAAAGCUUCUGUUUUUAUUUUUAUUUUUUUUCCUUUUUAAGUUUGUUCAGAUAUUUUGUACUUGUAUUCCGUGGUAGAUUAGUCCAUUAAUUAUAGACUUCUGUAAAGGGAAUACAUUAUCCACGAACUCUAGAUGACCAUUAUAUCUGAAUUGGUUUUACUGCUUGUUAAAAAAAAAAAAAAAAUCCU